AUGUCAACAGCGUUAUCUUUUUCUCAAACAGAUCCUGUAUCAAUACCCAACAACAAUAGCAGCAACAAUGAUGAUGAUGAGCAAGCCUACAAAGAUAUGAUUAAACAAUUGGCUGCACAAGCACCUGAACCCUAUGGCGCUAUUCCUCCAUUAACGAGACGCAAAGAUAAAGACAAGAGUAAGCGAAAGAAGAAGAAGAAGAAGAAGCGAAGCAGCAGCAAAGAUAAAAAGACACCUAUCAGAAGAAUGUCGCAUGUAGAAAAUUGGCUUGCUGUAGACAGUAAAGAAAGUAUACCAGAUGAAGAAGAUUUGAAACAUUCAUCCCCGUUUCGCAACUUCCUGUCAACGGAUUUUUUGGUGUUACCUUUACAUAUGCCACCGCCAUCUCUUAGUGCGACAGUGCCAGAGGAAGAAAUGACAAGACCUACAUCUUUAUCAUCAACAUCAGCCACAGUAAUGGCUAAAAAGGACUUGAGACCUGUCUUGUUUCCAAUUAAACAGCCACCUAUUCAAGUGAUACCCAUAACAGACAGUCGACUAAUUGAUGUAGAGGACGAAGACGAGGACGAAGAGGAGGGGGAGGAGGACGAAGAGGAGGGGGAAGAAGACGAUGAAGACGAGGAGGAAGAGGAGGACGAUGAUGAGACUACAGAAAAGAUGCUGAAUAGAAAGAGAUCCAUCCCAUCAUUCUCCAAAUCACAGCAGCCAUCUACAUCCAUGACGAAAUCUUACGCCAUGUCGACUUCACCGCCGUCUUCCUCCUCUACAGCUGCCCUGUCCACAUCAGCAUCAUCCACAGAGCAAGAGCCUUCCAAGAGUCGAUGGCUAGAGACAAUUGCUCAGCUACGCCGAUCAUUGACCUUAUCCAAUUCUCGCCAACAGCAACAACAACAACAACAACAACAACAACAACAACAACAGCGGCAGCAGCAGCAGCAAGCACAAGAUUCUUCUGAUACCAAUCCACCAUCAUCUACCAGGAAAACCAAUUUCAUCCCAAUGCCACUCCCUCCCAAGCGCAACGUGCGUAAAAAGAGACGAUCCGAAGCAACCACACAACCUAGAUUUAACCCAGAAACCAAUACGUACACACGAGAUACCCGAUCAAACCCGGAUCAUCUACGCAUGAUUUCUGCUGAAUUAAACAUGAUGCGACAUCGAAAACUAUCGAGUCCAUUGAAACCAAGAGGCUUUUUACCCAGAAGAACAGAUGCGUUUAUACGAGGUCCACAAAGGAAACUGUCUGCUUUAAAAAAUGAGUUGUGA